UCGGACAUGAUGCCGGGACAGAUACCGGACCCUUCGCUAGCGCCGGGCUCCCUGCCCUGCUUGGGCCCGCUGGCGGGCAUCUCUGCCACCACGCUUACCGACCAGCUGAAAUUGGCCGCCAUGUUCUCCCCGCUGCAUUUCCUGGGGCGGCUGGGAAAGAGGCCGCUUGCCAUCAAGACGGAGAUGGACGAAGACGAAGAGAGGCGAAAACGAAGGCGAGAGAAAAACAAAGUAGCGGCGGCGCGAUGCCGAAACAAGAAGAAGGAACGAACGGACUUCCUUCAGAGGGAAUCGGAACGCCUGGAGAUGGUCAACUCGGACCUAAAAGCUCAAAUUGAGGAGCUCCGCUUGGAGAGGCAGCAGUUAAUGGUGAUGCUCAACCUCCACCGGCCCACCUGCAUCGUGAGGACCGACAGCGUGAAAACCCCCGAAGGCGAAGCCAACCCCCUGCUGGAGCAGUUAUCCGACGACUCCAAGUAA